AGCCGCCGUCAGGCCGAGCCCCAGCUCCGGAGCAGCCGCUGCCGCUGCCGGGACAUGGUCCUCUGCGUUCAGGGACCUUGUCCUUUGCUGGCUGUGGAGCAGAUUGGGCAGAGGCCCUUGUGGGCCCAGUCCCUGGAGCUGCCCGAACCAGCUAUGCAGCCUUUACCUGCUGGCACCUUCCUGGAGGAAGCAGCAGAGGAGUCCCCAGCCCAGCCAGAGGGUGAGCCCAAGGUGCUGGACCCCGAAGAAGAUCUGCUGUGCAUAGCCAAGACCUUCUCGUACCUUCGGGAAUCUGGCUGGUAUUGGGGUUCCAUCACGGCCAGUGAGGCCCGGCAACACCUGCAGAAGAUGCCAGAGGGCACAUUCCUAGUACGUGACAGCACCCACCCCAGCUACCUGUUCACAUUGUCGGUCAAAACCACCCGUGGCCCCACCAACGUGCGCAUUGAGUACGCCGACUCCAGCUUCCGCCUGGACUCCAACUGCCUGUCCAGGCCGCGCAUCCUGGCCUUCCCAGAUGUGGUCAGCCUUGUGCAGCACUAUGUGGCCUCCUGUGCUGCAGAUACCCGAAGUGACAGUCCUGACCUUGCAACCACCCCAGCCCUGCCUACCCCUAAGGAAGAUGCACCUGGUGACCCAGCAUUGCCUGCUACUGCUGUACACCUGAAACUGGUGCAGCCCUUUGUGCGCAAAAGCAGCACCCGAAGCCUGCAGCACCUGUGCCGCCUCGUCAUCAACCGUCUGGUAGCCGACGUGGACUGCCUGCCACUACCCCGGCGCAUGGCUGACUACCUCCGACAGUACCCCUUCCAGCUCUGACCCAGCCGAGCAACCGCCUAGCCUCACCCAGCCAGACCCUGGAGGGGACACCGGCUCCAGCUGGACUUGGGCUCCCACUAUCCCUCCUCCAGUCAUCCUGGUGCCACAUGCAUCUGGCAGCUGGGCCAGGAAGGGUCUGCAGGAACAAGGCUGGGGGUGAGGGGUAGGGAGAAGUGUCACACGACUUGGAGGUCAGCACUCCCAGCUCCCAUGUAGCUCCACUGUGGUGGGCCAUGUGACAGAAGAGGGGACUGGCAGGACCUCGUCUCACCCUGUGGGCUGGGCCCAGGCCCCCACUCACCUGCUGUGGCCUCCUGAACUGCGUAGACUUGGCUGGCCCUGGUCUCUCAGUCCACAGGGUGGGGCAGGCCCCCUCCUUUCAGCCAGCCUCUGUCUCGGGGGAUGGCAGCCAGAGGAACUGAGGUUGACAGUGACAGUCCCCUGGUGCGGGAGCAGGCCAGGCUGGGGGAUGGCACAGUUAUAUAGUAUUUAUUUAUUUAUUCUCCUUGGGUUGGAGAGCCAACCCCACCUCUCUGCCUGAGCCCUGAGUGCUCCAGAGACCCCAGCCCUGCCUCAGCUUCUCUGGUUCCUCCCAGCCGGGAGCCUCAUCCUGAGAUGUGCUGCUGGACCCAAGGCAGUCCUGGAUGUCCUGGCGCUGACCCACCCACCUGUGAAGGUGUCCACCCUCUUCUGCCUCCAGCCCUGUUUUGGGAGGAUGGGUGAAUAAACAAGAAAAGGGAGCCAAAGUGUUAGCGCCUUGCAGAGCCUGCUACUCACCCCCUUGCAGGGCAGAGCCCUGUCUGCACAGAGCUGGUCUCGCUGGGGCACAGGCCCUUCAUGAGUGUGGGUGCCGUGUCAGGGAGAGGCAUGGUAGUUUGAGGGCUGCCACUCCACCUCUGCUGGGUCUGCUUCCUGCCCAGGAAGGUGCCUGCACAUGAAAGAGGGAAAGAAAAUACAUAUCUGAUAAGACUUUAUAAAAUAAUUAUUUCUAAAAAAA